GUAAUAUAUAGGCAGGUUAGAGUUGCAGAAAAGUCUAUAAAUAUGCUGAGCUUCUUAUUCUUCACAGGAUUCUUAUAGAAUUAUAACAUUUGCACCUUCUUGAAAACCCCAGCUUCUUCUGUCAAGCAUUUUUCAAGAAUAUGAAGCAAAAGAUAGUCAUUAAGGUGCAAGUGGUCUGUGACAAAUGCCGGACCAAAGCCUUGAAGAUAGCUGCUGCAGCAGAUGGCGUUGCGUCAGUGGCACUAGAAGGGCCAGAGAGAGAUCAAGUGGUGGUGAUUGGAAAUGAAGUUGAUGUAUCUUGCUUGACCAAUUCUCUGAGGAAGAAGGUCGGCCAUGCGAGCAUAGUAAGCGUGGAGGAAGUCAAACCAAAACCUAAACCUGAGGAGAAGAAAAAAGAAGACGAUGGCAAGAAGAAGGACGGAGACAAAGACAAGAAAGAUGAAAACAAAUGUCCAUGUCCACCACCUAUGUGUACAUGUCCACCACCUUGUUACCAACCUCAGCUCGUGUUUUAUGAUCGUGAUCCCUACAACCCAACUUGCACCAUCAUGUGACCGCAGGAUGGAGUAAAUCUGAUUCUCUUUUUUCUUUUUAAUUAGGAGAAACUUUACUUAUAUUCCCUGAAGUGUAAGCGAUUUUAUAAUUAUAACCUCGAAAUUCAAAAAUUAUUUUGCAAUGUCAAACACCUUAGACUCACCCACGGUCUAGAUUGAUCCACCCACGAGCAUGCCUUGGGUCACCAUAAUUUUCACUUUUUUUAGGGGCCAGGGGAUUUUAACAAAAAAAAUUGUGAAAUUAGAUGGGGCUGAACACAUGAGAUACCGGCAUUACAAAUUUUUAAAAUUCGAGGGUGUGAUUGUAUAUUCGCUUAUAUUUCAAGAGGUGUAAGUGGAGUUUUUCCUUUUAAAUAUCUUUCUCUGUAACUUAUUUGUUUAGCUUUCAUCUGGCAUUAUGAGAUGUAUAUCUUUUUUAAACAUGUUACGUAUAA